CACUGAAUGAAAUUAAUUUUCUUCCAUGAUUGAGGUGGAAAGCUCUGUGAAAGAUUGAAGAGGAAGGAUGUGUGAGUGUCUGAAGUGUGAAGGAAGUGAUACGCUUCGAUUAUAAACAUAGUUUGUGUAUGGCAACGACUAUGAAAAAAGAUAAUACGUCUAUGAGAGGAACAGCAUCUGAGGAAAACAUAGGAAAUACAUUUUUAAAGCUGCGUGAGGAAGAAGAUGAGAGAGAAGGCAAGAGUAAGUGAGUGAGUGAGUUAGUGAGAGAGAGACGGAGAGAAGGGGAAAAGGUAGGGGGGCUAGAAGCAGUGAACUAAAGCCUGCUUCAAACUGUUUGAGCUCAAACUGAUGGAGAUGAGAGGUGCAGUACACAGUGUAGAUGCAGCAGAGCAGCACACAACCUCAUAGCAGUCUUUAAUGGACACUUCCAAGCACCCAUGCUUUGAUUUCUAUAUCUUCAAAGCUACCAAAAACCAAAACACAGACCACUGCGGCUAUGAAAAACCACCAGGGAUGGCUACUGAAGUGAUGUUUAAUGAAAGUGCAGCAUGUUUGGAAAUGAAUGGGCCAGCUCUUCUGUUUUCUGUCUCACUCUCUCAGUGAAGCUGAGGUGUUCUGCUGAGACUCCUACUUUGUUUCCUCCUGGGGUCAAGUUGGACAUUGUCAAAGGCUCAGAUUGUCAAAGGCUUUUUCUCGUGGAUAUAAUUUCAUCUCUCCAUAAAGAAGCAUGACUGGAUAACUACUCGAAGGGAAUAAUCACCUACCAAUAUGGAAAAUAUAUUCGCUUGUACAAGUCUCCACACACAGUAUUGUGAGGUGUCUCGCAGACAAGGUGACAGCAUAGCUUUUAAUGGAAAAACCGUCAUGCCUUUAGGGGGCUCCAGAUAUGAAGCCCAGGAUCCUCUGCCUUUUUGGCUACUGGUGUAUCCACGUGAAGGAUGUUCCACAGAGAGCUAUUAGGAUCUCUGGGAAUAACAGAGAGUUUGGAUCGGAGGAAGUGCAUCUGUACUCACAUAAGGAUGGUAAUGGAACAGCUGGAGGACAUCCUUAAUGAGCUGAAGGAUGUGGCUAGAGAGCUUAGAGAGGUAGUGGGACAAAUUGACAACCUGACAGCAUACAUUGAUGUGGAUGCUGAAGAGGACACAGAGGAUGACAAAUUUAUUCUGACUUGCAGUGAAAACAGCAGUGAGAGAGCACUGGGCAACCUUUUGAAAGUUGAGCCUAAUUAUGAAAGCAAUGGUCUAACCCACUUAUUACACAACUGUGACUCUGCAACAUUACAAGUACCAGUCCUGUACCGACGGAGCUGUGGAGACUUACCUGCCCUAAAUGGACCCACAUGGCCAAAUGCUUCUUGGCUCUUUAGGAGAAGGGACGAAAUACAUUCAUAUGACAGUGUAGAGCAUCAUGCUUUAUGUUGUGAUGAUGAUGAAUUUGAUGAAGAAAGUGGUGGCAGAAGAUCCUCUAGAUUCUCUUCCAGUGACUCUGUGUUUUCAUCCUCUCCUCUGAGGCCUUCGAGGUUAGGUUCUGCCUUGACACCCCGAUCAGGCCGCAAAUAUCAGUUGAGUCCAGUUUCAAAGAAAAAAUCCCUGCAGAGCUGCAGCACUCAAACAGUUUGUGAUAAGAGUACACAAACUGCAUUGCCCCACAGUCCUGCCAGGCAACGAGCUGCAUCUGAACGCAUCUAAAAACAUUUACUACUUGUAUGAAAUGAACUGUGCUAUGCAUGCAUGCUUAAGCAGGGGAUGUCAGUAAAUUUUAAUCUAUAUAGCAAACUUUGCUAAAUUAUGAAUCUAACUGUGUACUUAACCGUAUUAGAAAUAUAUAUGUGAAUGUAUCCAUAUGAUAUUUCCCCUUUCUUUUGACUAAAUGAUUUUUUAUUUAUUCCUGUACUUUUUUAUACCCUUAUGCACCAAACUGGUUUUUAGAUUAUAUAAAUAUCCCUACAGUUUUUAUUGUAGAAACUAGGAAAUAUAUUUUAAAUACAGUAUAAGGGAGUAUACUAUAUAUUGUAAUCGUCUACCAAAACCAAACAAAAAAAAAACAAAAAAACCUGACAUGCAGAACAGGGACAUGAAAAUAGGAUAUUUACUUUCCUUAACUGUCUUACUAAAUAAUUCCUUUUACAUUUAUUCCAGUUUCUGCUUUGCCUCUCCACUAUAGAGACACCACAAUCUAAGUGGCAUCUCAGAUCAGCUGAUCUAAAUGCACUGCACUCAUUUACAAAAUUCAAGAGAAUUGUUCAAUUAUGUUUUUUUUAAUGACAUUUUGUGCUGACAGAAGUGACAGUCAAUAAAUAAUUAUAAUUAAAUAAAAAUUCAUCAAAACUUUACAUAAAAUCCCUUAGUGAUAUUUUGGACAGCUAUGGGUUUUUAGCCUUCUAAAAAAGCUUCAUAUGGAGCCCUCUCAACAGUCAAACACUAAAGAAAUCGACACAGAGGCUUCCCAAGAGUAAGAAUUCUGGGCUAUUGCUUCAGGAUGAGAUAUUCGCUGUCUGCUACCUUUAGCAAGGGUGUCAGUAUUGUUUCAUGUUUUUCUUUUGAUUGAAUUGGAUGGCCCAGUUUUCAGGGUGAGAAAUGUGUGGACUGUAACUAUUUCAUGCCUACUCUGUCCAGGUUUCCCCAGGCUGUAUAAGUCCUGCUCCAUAGAGUGUAGUGUGUGCACUGUGGCAAAUGGCACUCAUUGAAAUGUACAUCCAACCAAGCAACCAUCUGUUAUUGUGCAUAACAGCAAGAUAGCAUAAACACAGCUUUGCCUGACAUAAUAUUCCCAUGGUGAGGACAGGACUUUCUAUGAGAACAUCGAUUAUUACUCACUCCAAACUGCUAACGAGUUACCUUGCCAUCAAGUCAGUACUUAAAUAUCAGUAUGUUUGAAAAUGAAUAUAUGGGAAAGGGACCAAGCUGGAUUAACUGCCAAAAACUGGGAAGUCUGAGAAGAUGGACAUACUGUAGCUACAGCUUUCCACAGACAGUGUAAAUAACACUGACCAUAUUACUGGAUCCCCCAUUUCUUCUCACACAUAAAGAAUAUGAAGGACCCUAUCUAUUAAACUUAAGUAAAGAUGUUUCUGUUUCUGAUCAUUUUGUCCUGUUACUCAGAAUUCUCCACAUAUGUUCUACAUGGGCUUUAGUGGGUCACACCAGCAAACCAAAUGAAGGUUUACUUAUCGGUGGCUCUUCUAUAGCUUUAAAUGGUAACUCUUGCUAAAUAGUUGUGAGCAAUAUUUAUUAAAAGUCACAUAAUUAAAACAGUGGAUUGUAACAUUGAAUUGUUCAUGAGAGGCCAAAAAAUUGGAGAUUAGGAAGAUUGUAUCUGCACAUUCCUAAAAUAAUUUAACCUUGUAAUCAUUUCCAAAUAGUUAGAAAAUAAAACAAUCGACCUGAAAAGAGGCCAAACAUAAACAACAGUAAUAUUCAACAGGGUGCCAAAUAAAAUAACUCGGAAGUUAUAACACCAGACUCAGCAGCCGUAUGAGAAAAUACACCCUGAUAACAUAAAUCAAUUGUUGUAAACAGCAUGAUUAGUUGAUCAUCUCACCCAGGAAGCUAAGCUGUUUUGCCAAAUAAAGUGCUUGUGUGUAAAACCAAUUAGCCCUGCAGGUUUACAAUUGACACAUCUUCCAAAUGUAAAAAUCACAUUCUGUAGUAGUUUUGUCAUGCAAAUGUAUAUGUAUACCAUCAGGGGUGGUUCUAGGAUUUCAUCUUUAGGGGUUUUAGCCCUCAGUGAGAAUUUAAAACAA